UCAAAGACAAGAUGCAGUAAAGCACAGUCUAAUGGCAGUGCUGUUACCAUGGCAAGUCCAGACACAGAGGUUGAUGUCCUUCCUGACUGUUCUGAAGUGCUGCAUGGUCCUGACUGUUACCAUAGUGACCAAAGCACGCUAGAUCCGAAGCUGGAGGAUGAAAGUCAGACGCUGGACCUGAAUAUCAAAGAAGAAGAUGUGGAUCAUUUUAUGUAUCUAAACUAUUCUGGAGUUCUGAAAGAGGAAAAGAAAGAGGAAACGUGGGAGUGUCCUCAGCCUGGGAAAUUGGGUCCUGACUGUAACCAUAGUGACCUAAGCAAGCCAGAUCCAAAGAUGGAGUCAGUCAAGAUGGAGGAUGAAAGUCAGACACUGGAGCUGACUGUUAAAAUCAAAGGAGAAGAAGAGGAGGAAACUUAUGGCACUGAAUGUGGCAAGACCUCUUUGGCAACAAGGAAUCAGCUCACUUCCACUGGAGAGAAGUCCUACCAUUGCUCUGACUGUGGGAAGAGUUUCAGUCAACAUUCAAACUUAAAACAGCAUCAGAGAACACACACAAGGGAGAAAUCUCAUAGCUGUUCUGACUGUGGAAAGAUCUUCAGUCAUAAGGGGAGUUUGGUAUACCACCAGAGAAUACAUACAGGGGAGAAACCGUAUAGCUGCUCGGACUGUGGGAAAUAUUUCAGUCAAAAGGGGAGUUUGUUAUACCACCAGAGAAUACAUACAGGGGAGAAACCGUAUAGCUGCUCMGACUGUGGGAAAAGUUUCAGGCAAAAGGGGAGUAUGGCACAACAUCAGAGAACACAUACAGGGGAGAAARCSUAUAGCUGCUCMGACUGUGGGAAGAGUUUUACCGCAUCUUCUACUCUAAAGAACCACCAGCGUAAAACACACUAGAGAAAAGCUUCACUCGACAUCAACAUUUCUCACAACAUCAGAGAACAGUGUGUUGGAUGCGUUUGUUUUGGUUGUUUCAGAUGUUGUGCCCAAUAGAAAUUAAAGGU